AAGACUGGCAACACAUUUGAAUAUUUGUGAAACGGGCGAACUUAUUUUUUGAGAAGUUUUUUUUUUAUAAUUAUUAAUAUAAUUAUUUUAUGGUUUUUUUUCAUAGAAACAUUCAUUACCACUUAUAUUAGAUCAAAAGAAGGAAUAUGCCACGCAAGUGCAUCCGAAGCUGCAAAGGCACGUUACGUCAUUACAAAUUUCCUUUAUGCCUUACAAAAUUUACUUUAUAUGCAUUAAUACACACCUGCUUAUUAAUAAAAUUUCUUGUGUGAGCAAUUUUAUCAUUAGCAUUAUAAAAUAUUCAAUAUUUUAGGAAGAUUGUUUUGCAAAUUUAUAAACCCUGUCCUCAGUUUUGUUGAAUAAGCAUUUUCUGCAUCCCGCUAUUUGACAAGGUUGCUUAAUUGCAGCAUACAUUUUUCUGUGGUGUAUAUUUAUUAAUUUACCACAGUUGAAAAGAGGUAUAAAUAUAUAUCUUAAUUAUGCUCGAAUUUUCCAAUUAUAGCCGAUCCUUUAAGAACAUAUAUUACAAUAAACUGAUUUUAUUUUGAAAUAAUAUUAAAGUUGUUCAUAAAUUAAAAGAAUAUAGCAAUAUGCAACCAUUUUCCGGUAAAAAGUCGGCCCUCUUUGGUGCCCAUAGAAACCCAACUCUUAGGCGGACUUGACAUUUUUCCAUGGACACCCGCCAACGCAACUACCGUAAUAAGAGUAUCGCUAGCGCUCAGCAAUAGCCAAGCGACGCUAAAAGUGGAGGAGUGCAUAGGAAGGCUGAACCGACUAUCAGCUUACAACCGUGUACACCUGAUCUGUGUGCCGGGGCAUAAAGGGGUAGCCGGAGAAUUUUUUGUACCAAUACAAGAAUGAGAGACAUUCAUAUCUAAUUCUAUAUUUGGCAAAAUUUGUGCUAUCGAUUUUUUUGUCUAAAUUGAUGAUAUAAAUUUUAAAUUAAGUGAAAAUGCACGCAAUUUAAAUUUGUUAUUAUAAAAAUGAAGAGUAUGGCAUCAACACCAAUCAUAUGUUCUUUAUUUAUUAUUUUAUAUAGCUUUAUUUACAUCAGGGAUAAAAUUUACAUGCGAUUAUGAAUUUCAUUUGAAUGUUUCCGUUUAAUUCUGGCUGGUGGUAGUCUUGUUUAUUCGUUCGCUUUUUUACCACAACUAAUUAUAGUGGAAAUAAAUUUUUCUUACAUUUUAAAAAACGACCAAAUUUUAUACCGACCAAAACAUGCGACUGAACGAGAACACAAAAAUCAUUGGGAAGAAAGUUAUUUUAGUACCAUACCGUGUAGCACAUGUUGAAAAAUACCACGAAUGGAUGAAAUCGACGGAACUACAAGAGUUGACUGCUUCAGAGCCCCUCACGCUUCAAGAGGAGUAUGAAAUGCAACGAAGUUGGCGCGAAGAUGAAGAUAAAUGUACAUUUCUUAUUUUAUGCCGAACUACUUAUGAACAAAGUAAUGAUGAAAUUUACUCAUUGGUGGGGGAUACAAAUUUAUUCUUAAGAAUGGAGAAUGGUAGUGAGAAAACAAACGAAUGCUAUCAAGUGGCUGAAGCAGAGAUAAUGAUAGCAGAACCAGAAGCUCGCGGUAAAGGUUUUGGAUGGGAAGCAAUGCUUUUGUUUUUGAAAUAUGCUUUACAAAAUUUAAAUAUUAAAAAAUUUGAAGCCAAGAUUGGUACCAAAAAUGAAAAGUCUUUACGCAUGUUCAAUAAAAUGCACUUCAAAGAGGUAUCACGCUCGACUGUAUUUGAAGAAGUCACCUUGGUUCUAAUGGUCGAUGAUGAGUGGAUCAAAUGGUUGGACAGGCAGGUGACUUUGCAUUGUGAAAAUUACAGAAGUAUCGGUUUAUGUGGUUAGUAGAAAUAAAUGAUCAUAACAUUUAAUGUAAAAUUUGUAAAUUGUAUUUGGUUUAUGAUUAUUUUGAUUAUUAAGAAAAUAUUUAUGUACAUGUGUAUCUAAAUCCCAAAAAUAUUUGAUUGUUGGGUAUAUACUAUUUUAAUGAGAGUUACAGUGUCUACAAUCACAUUUUAAGAAUAUAGAAGUCGAGAAAAAUUAUGUUAUAUAUUCAAGUUUCUUCGAUUGUUAACGGAGAAAUUUUUUGGUUGCAAACCUAGAAUUCGUUCGAAAACUUGAACUUAAGAAUCUUAACUAUCCACAAAUUCCAAACACUAGUUAUGUGUGUCUGUGUCCAACGAUACUAUAUUCAGUAUAUGAAGUAUGAAAAACAUUUUGCUUGAAAAUUUUAAACAAUAUUUAUAAUUUAUUUCCUUUUCGAUUAAUCACAAAUGCCUAAAAAUAAGAUUAAACACUCAAAGAAUGUUCACUAUGAAGCAAACAAUAAAGGCAGAAUAAUUAUCAAUUAUCAAUAUUAACUAUGGCGAUAAAAUGAUAUUCAUAAAAAAGUAUUGUGUACAAAUGAAUAACUCAGUAAUUUCACAGUACAAAAUUAUCGUUUACCAAAAUUGAAAAAUACAUAUGUAUUUAAAUUUAUAUAAAAAGCCAUUUUAUGCUUUUAAUACCUAUUGCUUCUUUAAUUUACAAAAUUCAAAAAAAAUAAACGAAAUAAAAUUGGAGUAAAAAGCUUUUAAAACGGCUGAACUUAUAUAGAUCUACUUCAAAAUAUUCUUUCUUGAAAGCAUAAACCAACAUUUUUAUGAAAACAAACUGCAUGUAUUCUUACAAUAUCCGCUUAAAUAAUAUAAUAAAUUUGAUAUUCAUUUGUAAGGCUAAUAAAAAUUAAGAAGCAGUCGUCUUUAGUUUGCCUAA